UAAAAAAAAAAAAAAAAAAGAAAACCAAACUGCUAAAGGCUAACUGUUUGAGAUCAAACUUUAUUGAAAUAUACAUUUGUGAAAUUUCUGCAAUAACAGAUGAUUAAGCCUUUUUUUGUGCUCAGGAAUUAUGUUUCUGUAUGAACCUUUUCUAAGAAUGCUUCAAGUAAUGCAAUAUGUGUCUUUUUCUGAAACCCAUUUUGCUAGUUAUUCAGAAAUUGGUCUGAAGAGGCAAAAAAAUAGGCAGAAAGUGGUAAAAAUUGGUUCAAGUGGCAUAAAUCGGCAUUAAAAAUAGUGAAAAGUGGUCAAAAAUGGUGAAAAAGGGUUAAUAGUUGCAAAAAUGGGUUAAAAGUGGCAAGAAAGAGAAGAAAACAGGUUUAGAUACUUACACAAAUGGGUCAAAAAUUAGGCAUAAUGUGGAAUGAAUUGGUAUGAAGUGGCAAAACAGGCAGUAAGGUUAGUGAAAAAGGUUACAAGUGACAAAUACGGGCAUAAAAAAUGGUAAAAUGGUUAAAAUGGGCAGUGGGUAUAAUAUUUUGUUAAAAGGUGUUAAUAGUGGCAAAAAAUGGGGUAGCAGGCAACAGUCGGCAGAAUGUGGGAAAAAAUGGUUAAAAUGGCAAGAAAAGGCAGAAAAAGCGGGCAAAUAGAAUUAAAAACUAACACAAAUGGUUGAAAACAGGCAAAACUGGCAUAAAGUGGCACAGAUUGGUUAAAAGUGGAAGAAACAGGCAGAAAGGGUAGUGAAAAGGGUUACAAAUGGCAAAAAUGGGCAUAGAAAAUAGUGAAAUACAGUUAAAAUUGGCAAACAAUGGGUAUAAAAAUUUGUAUAAAGGGGUGAAUAGUGGUAAAAUGGGGUAACAGGCAACAGUAUGGAGAAAGUUGCAAAAAUGGUUUUCGAGUUACAAAAAGCCUCGAAAAUGCAGUGAAAUAGUAUUAAAAAAUGGUCCAAAAGAGACAAAAAUAGGCAUAAAUUGACAUGAAUGGGUUUAUAGUGGCAACCAAAUGGGCAUAAAGGUGGUGAAUAGAAGUAACAAGUGGAUAAAAAAUGGUGUAAAUUUGCAAAACUGUUAAAAUUUGCAAGAAAAACCAGGCAGAUUAAGUUUAGAAAAUUGAUAAUAGUGGCAAAAACAGGAAAAAAAGGUGGUGAAAAGGGGUUAAAAGUGGCGAAAAGUGGCUCAGUAGCAUUGGUGUUGGUCUUGGUGCCACUUUCCAUUAUUUUUUCAAACAUUUAUUGCCCAUAUUGGCCCAUUUAAACCCUGAUUAGAUAUAUUUAAUGCCCCUUUUUUUUUCCAGUUGUACCUCCUUUCACUGCUUUUUGCACGUUUUUGUUACUGAAAACCAGUUUGUUUCAAUUUCUGCCUGUUUCUUUUUCUUGUCAUCCUUUUUUGCAACUUUAUAUCCCUCUUUCACUGCUUUGGAUGGGCCAGAUGGGCUUAUCUUACAAGCAGGAAAUAACCAUUGGCAAGACCAUAAAAAAUAUUUUUGGAAGGGCUUAUAGAGAUAAGUCUGUCCAUUUCAGUUAGUCUUUAUUUUCCCUCUGCAGUGGGAAGGUUGAUGAGGAUGGAGACCUGAGACAGAGGAAACAUCAUUGUCUUUAGUUAACGUCUGAAGGUGAAGCAACCAAAAGUCAAGAGUUACUAGAGUCAGUGCAUUGUUUAUGUUGCUUUUAUUCUUUUUUUUUGCCAGUGAGCAGUAGACAGGAUUUCAACAUUGAAAUUAGGUUGGAAACAGGUGCUUAUUAGAUCAGUGACAGCGGAAGAUGUCAUUAGAGGAGAAAAUGCUGAAUGCAAGAAAAAAAACUCAGGAUGCUUUGUCCUGGUACGUCAUAGAAACCUUGCUCUACAUCGAAACAGUUAAACAAUUCUGUGGAAACUCCUCUGAGUGGUUGGGUGCAAGAAGAGAUGAGGUCUCCAGAAUGGAGGAAAUAAAGAACUCCUACAGCAUGAUUGAUCCUGGCAUCCGUGAUCUUUUUAGAAAAUAUAAUAUAAUACAGGCCAUUUGGGAAUAUGUAUGGAACAAGUUGACUCUGCUGCUGUGUGAGAGUGCGAAAACAAAGCGUUCAAAGCUAGAAAGGGACCUGGCUGUUGUCUUGAGAGACAGUCUGUGUGGCCUGGAGAAGCUGAAUGUCUUCCUGGAGGCUGUGGAGAACCUGGCGGUCACCUCACUCCACGUGUUCCAGGAAGGGAACCAGGUGUUAAACCUGCCAGAUGGGAUCAGGCUCGAGCAUGUUCAGGAUUUCAUCACUGCUGUACAGCAAAUCUGCCCUCAGCUCCUCAAGUUCAAAAGAGAUGCAAGCGCCUUCUUCCUUCCCAAACUUGAUAAUGUGGAAGAACUGAUGCAUCAGCUGGACAGAUACAUCCAGACUGCUGAGAACAUCUGUGGGGAAUUAGAGAUGAGUUGCAGUAAUCUCUUCCAGACAAUUCCCAAACACACUGAUGUUAUCCUGGAUGAGGAUCUGACUGAUGAUGGGGUACAAAGGAUGCUUGAUCAUAUUGAUAAACUUGCUGCAAUCAGGAUGGAUCCAGACUUCAGGGUGGUGUUCUUGUUCAAGGAUGGUUCAUGUCCUCGUUUUAUUGAGGAGUUCACUGAGCAGAAGGAGGGGAUGCUCCAGAAUCUGGAAGACCUGGAGGAGACUGCUGAUAAGCUUGACCACAUGAAUAAGAGGGCUAAGAUAAUAUGUAAUAUCUUAUUGGGUAACUCUGCACCAGCAAUUGGAAAUGUGCUUUCCAUCAUUGGUUUCUCUCUAAUUCCAGACACAACACAGGUGUCUCUUUGGUUUACAUUUUUUGGGAUGAUGCUCAGUGGUAGCAGCAGCAUAAUUCGCUUCUUCAUAUUCAUUAAGACCAUUAUAACCUGCAAACACCAAAAGGAGGCUGAAAAAGUCUUCAAGAGUUUAAUGACAGAUGUGAAGUCUGUCCAGAAUAUUCUGGAGGAGAUGCCUGCUCUGAAUGUUGAAACUGAGGGAAAUGACAGAGUUUUUUGUUGUUGUUGUUGGGUAAAGACUGACAGUCUUGGAUACACUAUGAAAUCAGUUGUUGAUGCUGCCUUUGAUAUCUGGCUGUAUAAAGAAAAGGAGCUGAUUGAAAGCACUGGUAAGGUGAUCACUGAGCAAGGUACAGCUUUACAUAACAUGUCCAUGACAGCAUUUAAAGGGCCACUCAGCCUCUCAGAUUUUUUUCAGGCCUUUACUGUUGGGAGCAACCUUUCAUUUCUCAUCAUGGAUCUCAUCUUCAUCCGCAAAGAAUGGUAUAGUCUGUCAAAAGGCGAUAAGACUGAACUCUCAGAGUCCAUCAGAGCCAGAGCUGCACUUUGGCGCUCAGAGCUCGAUGCAUUGGAGAAGAUCCAUGAUUCUGCAACUAAAGGUCUGCGAACAUUAGAGAACGACAUUUCAUUUCUCAACAGUCAGUUUUAUAUCUAAAGAGGGAGAUCUAGAAAAAAGAAAAAAGGCAAUAAAUGAAAAAGAGGUCACUGUAUUUUGAGAACUUUUUGACAUUUACUCUGAUAAAUGAGGGUAUACAUACGAGGCAGCCAAGGUGUAAAUAAAUAAUAUACAGAAAAACAUUUUCAAUGUUAUGAGUGUUUCAAGGUAUGAAAUGUGACCAGAUGUCUCUAAAAUUUCCCACUUUAGUUAAAAACUAAACAAAGCUUUUCUUUGGCUAUACCUCAGCAGACCCUAGUCCUCAUAAAGUGUUUUAACUAAAUGCAGCCAUUUGUUUAUUUUCAUUUAGAUGUAAGCUGAAGUAUAUUCAGUUUUCUCUUCUUGUAAGUAUAUUUGGUUGGAACGUCUGUUGUUUCUCCUUGCAUUAUAUUCUUGUGACUAAACUCUGCCAUUGUAACUUCACAUAGAGCGUUCCUGAGUGGACCAUGGCCCUCUAUGGAGGGGGGUAUUCCAGCAUUACAAUCUGCAGCAGUUCUUGAACUCUAAAACAAGUUUACCUUUCAUAGUUGUUGGAUUGAAGGUGAUGAACAAUCACUUACUCAAGCUGAGUCAGGGAUGCUAGCUGCCACCAAGUCUGUUUCCUCUCUUCCUUCAGCCAUGUGAGUUAAACAAAUGAGAGCUACAAAAAAAUUUGCAUUGGCAAUUUUGGACUUCUUGCCUUUAUUAGAGGAGCUGAAGAAUGACAGGAAAUAUGGGUAGAAGGUGAGGCAACAGCGCUGGGAUUUGGGUUUAAUCCUGCCACCACUGUAUCCUAUUACUAACAGUAAUAAUGUACAUAGUAUAGUAUUAAUGAAAUAAGUUUUAUAUCAUGAAAUAAAAGAUCAUGACUCUGACAGUGUCUUGGCUUGCAGAAAAAGCCUUGCUGACCCAGACUGUCUUCAGAUGACUUGGUUUGAUGAUUAAAGAAAUUACAGGAGUUUUAAUGUCUCAGCUUUUUAUGUCUGUUGUGGAAACCCCCACUGUAAAUAAAAUCUUAUCAUUUCUUAUUCCUUUGGUAGAAAGCCAUUUGUCUUUGAAGCUUCAUAUUUAGCAACCUGUCAAGAUGUUAAAGUUACAGCUGUGUUUUUACUUCAGAAAUGUUAAUUUUCUUUUGCUGCCACUUUUUUGUAUCUGAUUAACAUGAUGUUUUACUGUAUCCAUCCAAUGUGGCUGAAGUCUG